UCCAGGCCGCGUUCUGAUUGGCGGCUGAGAACCGUCGACUAGCGACUCCGCUGCCUCUCAUUGGUGAAGUACUUGCCUUCGGCUCUGGCUCUCGCGGGGCUGCUGUACGAAGAUGGCGGCCGAACUGGUGGAAGCGAUGAACAUGGUGAAGAGUUUCCGGGUGUCAGACCUCCAGACCCUGCUGGCCUCCAUGGGGCGCAGCAAGAGUGGCCUGAAGCAGGACCUGGUGGGCCGGGCCCUGCGUCUGGUCCAGACCGAGUACAGCCCCGAGCUCCUCAAGAACAUCCGCCAGCUGUAUGAGUCACGCUUCCCAAAGGCGUCCGGUUGGCUGGCGGCCCGCCGCCCGGAGGGAGGGGUCCCGGUGGCGUACUCGUCGCUAAGCUCCUCCCCCACCGCCAGCUCUCAGGGCGCUGACUACCUCAAUGGUGGCCUGGCAAAGGCCUCCCCCACGCCUGUGCCCGAGGUCAAGCUGGUGUCUCUGCCCUUCUACCAGACCAUGGAGACCCUGCUGCACCCCACAGAGCUGGUUGCCCAGAACAACGAGAAGCUGCAGGACAGCCAGUGUGUCUUUGAGCUGACGCAGAGCCAGGUGGAGCAGGUCCGCACCUCCAGCGAGCUUCGUCCUGGAAUCAAAUCAAUCCAGGUUGUACUCAGAAUCUGUUACACAGACUCCAAUGGUCUGCAGGAAGAUCAGUAUCCUCCAAACAUCGCCGUCAAGGUGAACCAGUCCUACUGUCAUGUACCGGGUUACUACCCGUCUAACAAGCCCGGCGUGGAGCCUCGUCGGCCCUGCCGCCCCGUCAACGUCACGCCCUGGCUCCACCUCUCCACCGCCACCAACAGAAUCACCGUCACGUGGGGCAACUUCGGCAAGAGGUACUCGGUAGCGGUGUACCUGGUCAGAGUGUUCACCUCAGCAGAGCUCUUCAGCCAGCUCAAACUGUGCUCCGUGGAGACAGCCCAGCGCUGCCGCGAACGCAUUCAGGACAAGCUCCGCUUCGACCCAGAGAGUGAGAUUGCCACCACAGGCCUCAGAGUGUCCCUAAUCUGCCCGCUGGUGAAGAUGCGCCUGGGCGUGCCCUGCAGGGUGCUGACCUGCGCCCACCUGCAGUGCUUCGACGCCGUCUUCUUCCUGCAGAUGAACGAGAAGAAGCCCACGUGGACCUGUCCCGUGUGCGACAAGCCCGCCCCCUUCGAACUGCUCACCAUCGACGGUCUUCUGUCCGAGAUCCUGAAAGAGACUCCCGAGGACAUAGAGGAGAUCGAGUACUUGACUGACGGCUCGUGGCGACCAAUCAGAGACGAGAAGGAGAGGGACCGGGACAGAGAGAGCAGCAACACACCAGAUUACCCCGUGGUGGACAUCUGUGUUCCAGAGGCCAACGGCCACUCCCCUGCCCACAGCAGCACCAGUCAGACGGGGAAGUCCGGGGGGGCGGGGUCCACGGGGGCGGGGUCAGGGGCCGGGGGAGGAGCCGUGGUGGAUCUGACGCUGGAUUCGUCGUCUGAGGAGGAAGGGGGCGGCGCCGACAGCGAGGACACGGAGGACAGCGCCGACAGCCCCCAGCCCAAACGAGGUCGCUAUGACUACGACAAGGAUCUGGUCACGGCCUACUGAUUGGCUGGCUGGAUGGACACGGACUGAUGGCGCAAGAGGGAGAGGGAGGGGAAAGGAGGGGCAGGGGGGGGGGGUUAUGAUAGACCCGAGGAGAGGAAUCAAUUUGUCCCCCCUGCCCCCCCCACACACACACACACACACACCUCUCCGAGAGGGACAUACUGCACGCCCAGAUUGACAUACACACACACACACACUUAUGGCCCACCCUCGCCCCCUUCAACACUAUACGCAUCUUAAAGACUAUUGAGCAGAUCACCCUCCUCCUCCUCCACCCUGAGACCUCCAGGCCCCAGACCACUUCCUGUCCAGGCCCCAGACCACUUCCUGUCCUCGUCUCCCUCCUUUCUUGACGCCUGUCGGGAUUUGCAAGCGAUGGCCGAGUGUGUGGGGGAGGCCACCUCCUUCAUUCAGUCAUGAGGUCAACAGGUCAGGCACCCACAACAACCAGGAAGGAACAUGAAGAAUUCUUUUUCUUUUUUUUUUUGCUGACUUUUAUGGGACUUGAUGCAAAUACCCCCGUCCCCCCUCCACCCCCCUUCUCCUGUGGUCCUGGUGUGUUUCUGAUUGAAGAUGAAGCAUUUUAAGCAGGGCAUCUGGGGGGGCGGGGGGGGGGGGGGUUGUUUGGUUUAUUCCCCAGCUCAACCCCAUCUUCAUUAGUCAAAUGACAACCUACCUCAGCCAAUCGCAGCAGACCUGACCACAGUGUAGCUGACACCCGGGUGGAGAGAAGGGGGUCACGGGAAAAGUAGUUUUUAUUUAGCUAAGUCAACACUGGAGAGACUAGAUGAUGAUGAUGUUAUAAUGAUCUUUCUUGUGCUAUCACUUCACGCCAUCUCCUUAGGCUGUGUGUGUGUGUGUGUGCCACAUUACAUCCUGGCACUCGACAGAUGACCUUGGUCAGAAAGACAGGCAGGCAGACAUUGUGAAGUGAUUUUCAUUUAUUUUCAUCUGCUCCCGUAGUCCUCGUUUGCCCAGAGACUCAGAACUGGGCGGGGGGGGAGGGGGGGGGAGCAGGUACUGGUUCCUUGGCCGGUACCACACAGAUCUCUAGUCGGCGGUGCUGGCCUGAUCCCCGUCACUAACCCAUCUCUUAAGCCCCGCCCUUCCCGAUACCCCCAUCUGAGGAGAAAGACUAGUUGCUUGUCCUCCCUUUUAAACCUCCUUCCAUCCUCCUUUUUAGUUUGCUGUGAGUGUUUUGGCCCCAGCUCUCGUCUCUGACGACAGAGGAAUGAUUUGAAUAUGGAUUCAAGGAAACAACCGGUUCCAAUGUUGCGGAUGGUUCCAGAAGCCAGGCUUGUUGGGAGAGACCCCCCUCCAAUCUGGAGCGCAGUCAGAGCUGAGAUGGGCAGGUUUGGCUGCCGUUUUAUUUUGAAGUUUUUAGGUUGUGGAGGCUGGAUCCUGCGUCACCGUUUGGCUUGUUGAGCUGGUCUACACAGGAAGUACGAAACAGGAAGUGGUGUUUUGUAGUUUUAUGUUGUUUAUGGGGUGUUGAUGCUGUGUUGUAGUUCUCUGUAGAGGACUACAGGAAGGGGGGGGGGGGUCACAGCGUGAGAUGACUGACUGGAUCUCGCUCUCGUAUUUAUUAACAACUUCUCUUCCUUUUGCUUUAUUCAUUCGUUGCGAGCAUCGCUGUUGUCGUUUUCCUGGCUGACGGUUAGUUUGGUUUUGAGUGUUCGAAUUCUGAGAUGAGAGAAGCUGCAGAUGGCCACUUUCUGUCUCGUUAAGACCGCCGAAUCAGAUCUGCUGUCUCGUUAAGACCGACGAAUCAGAUCUGCCGGGCUCCUCUCCGACUACUUCCUUCUGUAAACUCGAAUCCCCCCAGAACUGUACCUCAACAGAUGGUUGACGAUUUUUCUUUUCAAGGUGAGAACGGGAGCUUUUGAGCUCUGAAGGUUUCGGGGUGUCGUCAGGGUAAUUGUGUCUUUGGUGUUUCUCUUGAAAUCUCGAGUUUGCAGACGGACGUGCAGAUGGGUCGAGUAGCGCAGCAGAACGUCCUGAACCAAUAAGAAUGUCUUUCAAAGCCUCAGGAGGCUGGUCGCUCGGGUACUCUGUAAACCCAAGUGACAUAUCUACCUGCCUCUGAUAGAAUUGCCACCUUCCUAUUUCUAGCCAAACACACACUUGAACCAGAUUCUCCUCUUCGUUUCCAAGUAUGUACUUUCACACAGCAUUACUGUUCCCCCCCCCCCCCCCCCCCCCCCCCCCAUGCACCCAACCUGAAUUUUCCCAAUUUUAAGAAAGUUAAUGUUGAGCUGGUUCCUGUGGAUCUGAGCCAGAUGGAUUGAGUUCAGGGGUCUGAAGUUGCAAGGUCAAAGGUGAGGACCGUAUGUAGUGAGGUUGUGGUAGUGUGACAUCCCUUCUUGUAAUAAUGCUUAAGGUAGAAUGGACAGAGGCUUGCAAUCCAAGAUGUAAAUGUUUUUUUUGUUUUCUUUUUGGUUUGUGUCUUUUUUAUAUGUUCAUAUUAAAAGACAAUAAAAUUUAAAAUAAUA